GUCACGGAAGUAAUCAAUACGCGUGCGCAAACACGACCCCGUGCCAUAGCAACGUUUCAACAAUUUGCUGUCACUUGAUUGUGUGACUUGGAGAAGUUUGGCUACCAGGCCGAACAACAACAUCGUUGAAAGGUAGUGAUAUAGCUGAAAUAUCACAAUGGCUGCAUCAAGUGUCUCCCAGAGAGUUGAAGAUAACCUCCGAACAUUGGCACAGACAAAGCGUAUCCGGGUCACAGAAUUCUUUCAGGACUUUGACAAACUGCGAUCAGGGUUUAUUACAGAGCCACAGUUUUUCCGCUGCCUGUGGCAGACAUUGGGUGUUCAACUAAACCCUAAUGAAGAAGUUGCUCUCAGGGAGAAGUAUGACCUCUAUCGCAGUGGACGGGUCAAUUACAAGCGCUUCUGCCAGGAGAUUGAUGGCACAUUCAAUCCAGGUGACCUGACACAGAGGCCAGCCCCCCAGCAGCCCCUAGAGUUUCUGGGCACUAUUCGGUCAGUGCGACCCCUGAGCACUGAUUCCGAGACACGACUGGUGGAGGUCUUGAAGCACAUGAUGAAAUUCUACCAAUACCAUGGCGUCAACCUCAAAACAUGCUUCGAGGAUUUUGACCGCCAUCACAUUGGGGUCAUUACAGAGAGCCAGUUUUAUCGCAGUUUUCCGGGCCCCCCUGAUGUGUCGGAGGCCGACAUGAACUUACUAGUGACAAAAUAUCGAGACCCUGAGCGUCCUGGUGUCGUCAACUACCUCAACCUCCACAAGGACAUCAUGUCCUUGCAGCAAAUGCAAAUGCAGGAGACACAGCUGCCUCCAAUGCCCCGGGUGUCUUCCAUCGACUUUGUUCCGCUCACGAUAACUGCAGACCCCACAUUGAACCAGAUAUUUGACAGGAUCCGUGUCGCUGUGUACAAGAGUGGCAUCAGAACUAUAGAGUUCUUCAAAGACCACGACAAGCUGCGGAGUGGCGUGAUCACAGAGAGCCAGUUUGUGUGUGGGUUGGCGCUGGCGGUGGGGAAGGAGGCCCAGCUGUCUCGCCCCGAGAUACAGAAGGUGGUCGAGUUCUACCGCCAGCCUGAUGGAAGGAUCAAGUACAAGGAGUUCUGUGAUAUCAUGGAAAAUGCAUUCAACAUUCCUGAUCUGGACAAAAAGCCAACACAAGAAGCAGUGAGACCACCCAAGGGAGCCUUGUCCAGGGGUUUGAAGGCACUGAGUGCGGAGGAAGAUCAACGUGUGGAGAUGGUGCUGCGUGAACUGUCGGACAACGUGCGGCGGCGCCGCCUGAUGAUGUAUCCUUACUUCAAGGACUACGACAGGGGUAUUGCCUACACGCGGGUCGUGACCAAGACACAGUUUGGGCGUAUCCUGCACUUCCUCAGCCUCAAUGUGGCGCCUGAAGAUCUCAAGCUCUUGUGUCGCAAGUUUGAAGAUCCCGGCAGUGGAGACGUCAACUACCCUGCCUUUGUACAGGCAGUGGAUCAAGAGUUUGUGGGGCACACCCUGGAGACUGUGAACCUCCAGGAUGAGGAGCGUACCAACCAGCCCGUCCCCGACCCCGUCGUGCAGGACAGUGAGGUCAGCUAUGAGGACCUGAUGGCUCGCAUCAGACACCAUGUGCUCACAAACAGGCUGAGGGUGAAAGAGUACUUUGAGGACUACGACCCUCUUCAGAGCAACUGUAUUAGCAAGAGCCAGUUCCGCCGGGGCCUCGGACUGCUCGGGUUGAGCAAGCUUGGCGCUCAUGACCUGAUAGAUGGCCAGUUUAAGCUGCUGUGUGAUAUGUACGAGAACCCUGCCAAGACUGACCAGGUGUACUGGACACGCUUCAUGGAUGAUGUGGAGAGUGUCUUCACAGAACCAAAUCUAGAACAGAGCCCCACCUACAAAGUCCCACCAUCUGAGAUGUUCCAAGUGCCGAAGCCGGGCAGCAUCAGUUGGGAGAGUGCCAGUGAUGACCACAAGAGCUUGUAUGAAGAAACCAUGGAGAGACUGAGGCAGCGCGCCGGGCAGCGCAGACUCCUGGCUAAACCAGUGUUUCAGGAUUUUGACAGGCACACCAACCACCAUGUGACCCGCUCCCAGUUCCGACAGUGCCUCACAAUGCUGGAGCUUCACACCACAGAGGCCGAGGUCGCAGCUCUGGAGGCCAGGUUCUGUAAUGACGUGGGAUUCAACUACCAGGCAUUCCUGGACGAGCUGCAGCCCCCAGUCCCACCGCAGCUCAUGUAUGUGGAGAGACUGAAGACGCUGCGACUCACCAACCAGAAUCGCAAACUGCCCGAACUCAAUCCUGCUGAAGACUUGGAGGAGAUCCUACUCAAACUCAAGACCAAGGUGUUCAAAGCCAGACUCAGGGUGUUGGACUUCUUGAAGGAUUAUGACAAGUUACGGUCGGGACGGAUGUUGAAGACAUCAUUCCGUCGUGCUCUGGACCUCGCUGGGUUUGAGUUGAAGGAGUCAGAAGUCUCUCUGUUGGAAGACAAGUACGAGAGCCGCCGUGAUCCUGACUACAUUGACUACCUGGCAUUCUCGGACGAGCUGGAGUCCAUCUUCACUGUGAAGGACUUGGAGAAGGCACCACUGCAGGAGACAGUCCAGUUCCAGCCGCCAGUAGAGUGGGAGCUCAACGCUCUCCCCGCAGACAGCGAGGCCAAGUUUCAGGCUUGUAUGGCCAAAAUUGCAGAAAAGGUACGCAAGCACCGGAUGCAGUUGUUCCCUCUGUUCGAGGACUACGACCGUGUUCACAACGGAGCAGUUUCCCGGUCCCAGUUCCGCCGAGUCCUUACAGAGCUGGAGCUUGGCAGCAUGGUCAGUCAGGAGGAGUUCCAGCUUUUGUGGCAGAAAUUUGACAUCAAGAUUGGCGGCAAGGAUGACGUCAACUACAUUGCAUUCUGUGACUUCAUCUACAAACUAGCUGGCUUCGAGCCAAGAAAACCCUAGAGUGACACCAAUUUACAAACAUUUAUAUGAGAUGCGUUAUUUCAAAAGGGAAGAAGUAUUAUUUAUUGACUCUCUGUUAAUGGUCUGAAGAUGUGCUAUAUUUAUAUAUAGCUCUGAGAUGUGAUGUUUGGGUAGCAGGGAAACGUUAACCAUACAUCUCAUGUUUGCUGUUGUCUCAUUCCGAAUAUUGUAAUUACUGCUGCUGCCAAUGUUAAGGCCUUUUGUCUCAUUACACAUGCAGUAUUCUCAAUACUGUUUUUUGUCUCAAUAUUCAGUAUUUACUGACAAUGAUAAGUUUAUCUCAUAUGUCUCAGGUUGUAGUCUCAUUUGUACACAGUAUUCAGAUGUUAGUACAUUUAAUAAAUUCUCCAAAGUAUUUUUCCUUCAAGACAAUGCAGGUGGUAUAUUUAUAAAGUCACAUUCUAAUCUCGGGAUUCAAAAUGUGACCAUCAACUGCCUUAACUGUAUAUUUAUUUAGCUCUUGCAGAGUAUUUUAAUAUAAACCUAAUGGACAAUAGUAUGGUUAUUUUAUCAUUCGCCAGUGACAGUAUUUAUGAUAUACCAUCAUUGAUAGGGAUAACAUUGUGUCCUUCCACAUAUUGCCAAUAUCUGGUUCGAUUGUCUGUUUAAUAUUCUGUGAACAGUAUUAUCAACAUGCAGCCAGAAGUAUGUUAGAGUUUGUAUAUUUGUCUGACAUUCAAUAUAUAUCAAACCAAAACCAAUACGAGAUAUUUUACAGUGUUGAGUUUCCACAAACUAUUUUUGCACCCCAUAAUAACCAACAGUUUUGUGUAUUUGGUCUCAAACAGCAUUAUGAAAAUAUUUUUUGAUUUUAUGACUGCAAAUUAGUAUUGCAAAUAUUUUAAUAUCAUAUGCAGUUUCUGUUAAAUUGUCCUAUUGCAAAUAAUAUAUGUCUCAGUUUACACGUGUUUUAAUAUUUGAUAUGCCUGUGAUUAAUGUUCCAGAGAUGUUUAUUCUUUAGCCAAUGGAAGCAUUAGUUGUUAUGGUGUUUCGAUGCACUUAUUAUUUUUAUAAAUCAUUUCAGCAUUAACAUCAAUGUGCCAUUGUUCAUUCAGACUUGGUACUGUUUGAACAAGGAUAAACUUGCCGACAACAGUACAAAUAUACUCCACAGUAACAAAGUACAUUACAUGGCAGCUUGUGUAUUCUGUCGUGUGCAUGUGCUACUAUAUGCUACUGAAAACUGGCUGUGGAAGGGUGUACCGCCUGCUACCUUGGUCCAGUACAGACAGUAUUAGAGUGAACUGCUGAGGACUGCUCUGCCCAGUGGUGCUGGUUUGCUAUUACACAGAUGAUUGUUACAUUGGAUGUCUCAUAGAAAUGUACAUAUUUCUCAUACAUGGUUUAAAAUAAAAUUCUAAUACACAAACGUA